AUUACGCAAAGAUCGCGAAAAUGUGGAGUAGGAAGAAUAAAAUUAUCGAAAUCACAUUGGAAGAUUCUUGUGUUGUCUAAUUUUAUCAAUUUUGAGUAUCUUUUUGUUUAUUUUUAACAGCAACUAUAUUUCCUACUUCAAAAAAAUUAUGGAAUUUCCUAUAAAAACAUGUUUUGUUUGGUAGAAAGGAGUAUUAUUAAAUUAUGAUGAGUGUGCAAAACACAUGCCUGUUAUCUAUAGUCAGAGUCUGCAAUUAGGUUAUAUACUCAUAUUUUUCCACAACUUUGUCAAUUUUACGUACGGCUAAGUAGCACUGUUUGCCAAUAUGCUACCCGCAACGAUUUUCCGACAGGUGCAAUGCACCCGCAAUGGUCUAAGUAAAAACAUCACGGAUUUGGUAAUAGGUUUAAGUACAGCUGGACCGCCAGCAAAUGGUGUUAACUGUUUAAACCGAUAUGCCGCAGCAACAGGGUUCAUACGCAUCUCCUUCCUUGACUUUAACCAACAUCGAAACUGGGAUAUCGCAAGACUACGUCAGUAUGCCGAUUCCAAAAAGAGGUCUUUGCAUUUGCGAACGUUACAAGGUCGUCAUAUACUUCAAGAUGUAAUAGACAAAAAACGUGAAAGUUUUAUAGAACGUAAAAAUGUGCUCGUUGAGGAUAUUCACAAAGUACGGGAAAGAAUGGAGGAGGUUAUUGAGCGGGAAAAUGUACUAACCAUACCGAAUAUGUUAACCGUGGGACGAGCAAUUUUGUCACCUUACAUUGGAUACAUCGUAGUGCAACAGAAUUAUGGAACGGCAAUGGGAUUACUGAUAGUAGCAGGAAUAACAGAUUUGUUGGAUGGACAAAUAGCUAGAAGGUGGCCAAAUCAAGCAAGUAAAGCGGGUUCGUUCCUAGAUCCGAUGGCAGAUAAAUUACUAAUCGGAUCAUUAGUUAUUUCAAUGGGACUUGGAGAAUUGUUGCCUUGGUGGUUAGCUGGCACUGUUCUAUUUCGCGAUGUCUUCCUUCUUGCAGCUGGUUUCGUCAUACGCUAUAUUAGCUUACCACCACCGAAAACAAUUACUCGUUAUUUUGAUGCGACAUAUGUGACGGCGCAGUUGGAGCCUACACUUAUUAGCAAAAUCAAUACUGGUGUGCAAUUAGCAACAAUUGGUAUCAGCUUGGGUGCUCCUAUAUGGAAUUACAUUGACCAUCCCGCGUUGCUUGGACUGUGGUAUUUAACUGGAGCUACAACUGUAGCCGCAGCUUUGAGUUAUAUUUUAAACAAAAAUACAUUUAAGAUAAUCAGAAAACAAACUAAGAAUACAUAGAGAAUAAUAUACCUGUGGAGUUUAUUAUGACCAAACUCUAAACAUUAAAAUAAACCUAUGUCUGCUGCCAUGGCUACACCGCCUUAUAAAUUUAGCAAAAUCUGUAUAAAAGUAAAUAAGACUUAAAAAUUUACAACAAUCUGCGAUAAGGGCUAGAGUGCAGUAAAUUGGUAAGCUUUCAUUUACAUAAGAAAAUAUUUUAUAUUCGUUUGUACUAUAUUAUUCAAUUCAAGGACUUGAAUACUGACUUUAAGUGGUAAUUAUUUUGUAUAGUUAUUUAAGAGAAAUCAAGCUUUUCAAAAUGUAUAACUGAUUUGUGUAUAUAUGUAUGAACAUAUAAACCUAUUAUUAAAAUGUUGAAUUAAAAACUGUUA